UAGUGCCACAUCUUCUUCUUCCUCUGCAACAUUUUCUUCCUUCUUACCUCACUCUGCUCCUCUUUCUUCCCGUCUUCUUCUACCUUCCACAAUCUAAUCUUCUCCCGCACUCGCCUUUGAACGAAUACUCUUGUAACUGUCAUCAUGGAUGAUCGGCCUUCUUCACCGGCGGAGGGAACCGACGGAGCUCACCGUAACGCACUGGAUAUUUACCCUUUGAACUGUUACUUCUUUGGAUCCAAAGACGCUGUUACCUUCAAGGAUGAAACGUUAGCUGAUCGCGUUGGCCGAAUGAAAUUAAACUACGAUACGUAUGGAUUGAGGACCUGUGUGCAGGCAGUUCUAUUGGUUGAACUGUUCAAACAUCCCCAUCUUUUGUUGUUACAAGUGAGGAACUCUAUAUAUAAGCUUCCAGGUGGUCGAGUUAGGCCUGGUGAAUCAGAUAUUGACUGCCUCAAGCGCAAGCUUACAAGCAAACUAUCUAUGGAAGGACACGGCAGCUGGGAGGUAGUAGAAUGCAUUGGAAUGUGGUGGAAGCCUGAUUUUGAAACAUUGGUUUAUCCAUAUUUGCCACCAAACAUAGAAAGACCCAAGGAAUGCACAAAACUUUAUCUUGUGAGGUUGCCUGCAAGCUGCAAGUUCAUUGUACCCAAAAACUUCAACCUACUCGCGAUUCCAUUAUGUCAAAUCCAUGAAAACCGCAAGACCUAUGGACCAAUAAUAUCUGGAGUUCCACAGCUUCUGUCAAAGUUCUCCAUCAAUGUAGUUGAACCGUAAAGAAAAAAUGACACUUUUAGUCUCUCAAUGUAGAUUCAGUCUUUCAAGUUAUUGGCAAUGUAGAUUUCGUCUUAAAUUCUUAGUGAAAUCAUGAACGUUUUCGUUAAGAACUUAGACUCUAAAUCCAAGUGCAAGUGCUGAUAUGAAGAGAUGUUACUGUAUUAUUAGUGGUGGAUUCUUUGUUUGUUUGUUUAUUUGUUUUUUUUUUGUGUAUCAAAUAGCAUUUUUUUUGUAAUUUUUAAUUUUAUCUGUUACAGAGUGGCAUUCUCCUUCCAUCUCCAUGUAUAUAACUGGUCAUCUCGCAGAUGGAAUUGUAAUGCAUAUGCAUUUGAUAAUUUCAAUGUGUUAUGUAUGUAUGAUUGGAAU